CACCCGGUGAUUAUAUUAUGUUGUUUAUCAGUUAAAUGAUGAAUUCUUGAUACACUUCUACUUCAUUGCAUUUUAACCUUUCAUUUUUCAGUUAAGUGUUUUAUAUAGUUUAUGCAUUUAGCGAAAGAAAAGUAAGAUGGUAUAAUAUUGGAAGUAAGCCAGUGUCUGUUUUACUAUACAGUGCUGUGUAUUAUGGCGAUAACACCUGCUGGUGCAUCUGCUGUCUUUAGGGCGGCAUUUUUGAUUUUAACUUUCGCUCUGAUCUUGCUUGUUGUUGGAUUUGUUACCCCAAACUGGACGGAAGUAACACUCGGAGACCUUUUAACAUCUAGGACAGGACUAUGGAAAACGUGCACGGAAGUGGCUGGAGCAGGAGAAAAUUGUGGAGGGAGUAUUUACGAAGGAGAAGGCUGGUAUGUAGCUGUACAAACAUUUGAAGCCUUGGGUCUGGCAUGUUUUAUACUCGUUCUAAUAAUAUCUGUUGUGCUGUUGGUGGCGGUAUCUAACCAGCGACUAGCUAGGGUUAAUAUCUACACUAGUGUGUUCGCAGACAUAUUUAUAAUUACCGGUACUGCAACGCACACUUAUAGAACUGAGUUGAAAUACAUCGGAUAUUCUUGCUGGAUGUCUUGGUUUUCCGCAGUAGCUCUAGUUGUCGCAAUCAUUCUUCUUGUGUAUGCGCGUAAAAAGUCAUACAGGAGACAAAUGUCCCUCACACAUGCGGACGUUAUUUUCGAGGAAAGGCAUGGUUACCAUAGUUACCCGAUGCAGGAGUUGUCUCCUAAAAGUAAACGUGCGAAUCCGCCGCUGUUAAUGCACCAUGCGGGCCAUUACAAUCAGGGACAUGCAGAGAGCCCACCAUUAUCUGUAAAGAGUGCAGUUAAAUAACUUUUAAUUCAAGUUCUCUGCUAAGCCAGGGGACACAGAACUACACGAGGAUAUUGUUGUUGUUGUUGUUGCAUUUUAAGUUUAGUGGCGAGGUGGGUUGACAAUAAGGUUAAAGUUGUGCUUCAAUGCGUUACCUAUAAAACAUCACGAAACAAAUGAUCUAUUGACUUACAGUUGGUAAGUGAUUUGGUCCCACAGCGUUCUCAUUGGAAUGCAUGAUAUUGCAGUUGGAUGGAUUGGAUACAAGCGUGUCGUUACAUUCUUUAAAAUACUUGUAUAAGGUGAAAACUUGAUAAUUUGAUUUUGUUGACAAACAAUAACUUCCAAUAUCAUAAUAAUGAAAACGGUCAAACAAGUGAAAAUGAUAUUACCUUAAUCCUAUAAAAAAACCCAUGUAAAUCAAUGUUAUCAUGAACGUGCAGCCACUGUUAUUGGAAUAUAACAUUAUGGGAUAAAGUCAAAUUAGUGUGUCUAUAGUUGUUACACUUCUGUCGAAAAUAUUAGUAACUAUUAAAUAGUUGUAUUUAUUUUCGUAAAAUAGUACUUGUUAUGUAAGUAAAAUGAAUACACUGACACACACAAUUAAGGAUUGUCUUUACGCUUAGUUUAUUUUCUUCUGAACCGCUGCUAUUAUCUGUGUUACGUGCAUGUUGAGCCGACAACAAUAUAUAUUUCAAAAGUCAUCGCAAAUUGGAAAAUAUCUGACUAUAUUAAGUUACCAAACGCGUUGAAAUAUAUUUCGCAUUCAAGUUUAGUUUCGUAGCAGUGAAAAAUAAACAAGAUAUUUUAACUGAAAACAUCGAUUUUAUUUUACUGAUAUGUUCCAGUAUUUCAGGGAAAAGCAUAAAAUGAGUAAUGUUAUAUGUACCAUAUAUACAUCAUAUUUGAAAACAAGAAAACAAAACAAAAACGUUUCAAUAUUUACCAUGAAAAUUGACAUUACAAUGAAAUGACUUAUCACUAUUUGUUACCAUACAUUUAUUUCAUUGUCCCUUUUAACGUGUGUCAUACAGGUGUAUAUAUAAAUGCAAGGUUGUGUCACUGACUGAUCUCACUUCAUCUACAUUGCUUUUUAUGACUGACUGUGCCACACUGUUGUAGACAGUGAGAAGUAACUAGUCGUUAUUGUGUAACAAUAUAACGAUUAUUAUUUCUUGUUCUAGAAAUACUAUCUUCUUAAGAACAUUCAUUCCUUUUUCUGCAAUAUGCUAUUAAAACGAAAUUUUCCAUUG